CUACCUAUUUUAAUCCAUCUUUAGCGAAGGCACUAUCGAGACGGCACUGCUAGUAUCAGCUCUGGGAAUUUAAAGGCUAUCAUCAAAACAUCGAAGGAAACAAAGAGGCAGAGAAUAAGUGUCUCCGUGCAAGGGCAACUGUCAAAUCCAUCGACAGCAUGCGCGUGGUGGUACUAAUUUCCCUUGUCGGAUUGGCACUGAGUGCGCCGGUGCUGGAAGAAAAUGAAGCCGAAGCGAAAACAAUCGUGAAAAGAUCUGAAGAGCAAAUUGGCUUUGGUAACCAACAAAACAACCCUCAAGUUAAAAAGAAGAGUGAUCCAUCCAUGCUUGAAGAUAAAGUUGGAUCCGUUGUUGCUGAGAGGCCACAAGAAAUAAUCCCAGUGGUCCAUGACGUCGACAGUCAGGAGCCAGUUUCAGAUAAUAACGAGGCCAAAGUAGAAGAAGAAUUGAAUGCUAUCAUAAAGGAGGGACAAAUGGCAGAGCAAGUGGCAGCCGAGGAGGCAGGGGAAAAUUUACCAGUCGCUGAGGGCGAACAAGAAUCGUCUGAUAAUUCUGAUUCCAACGUGGAACGCAAUAAUGAUGCUGAAGAUGAGGAAAACGAACAAGAGGUUGUUGUGCCCGAAGAGGCAGUACCCGCAAUGGCAGACACUGAGGAACCUCAACAGGAAGAUGUUGCUUUGAGUAACAAUAUUUCUCCGGAGGAAAAUGAGGCAAUCAAGGAACUAAUGCAGGAAAACAUGGUCAGUUCGCAACCAGAAGACGACGACACACCGGAACAAUUUGAGGAUGUUGUAGGUGCACCAGAAGAGGGCGCUGCACAGGAGAAUGAUGCCCAGCACUCACUGGAAAUGCUAGAUGAAAACCCCUUCGAAGCGUAUCGCAUGUUUAAGACCUACCAGAAUGCCUUGUCCAGCUAUCCUACAUAUUACCCGGACGCCUACAGAGGAUAUCUGAAUGGACGCAGGAGAAGGGAAUCCAGUACAUUGUUGUCACGCCUGCGGAACAGUGAAAUUAAGAGAAACCACCGCAUCAAACGUGAAUUGCCAUACGGCGACAGCAGUCUAUUUCCGUAUUUCUACCCAGAACGAGAAGAUGACCAAGAGGAUUCUCUAUAUAGAGUAAUCCCAGACCAGGAAAUACUCGACAACGACCCUUACACAUUGUUUCCUGAGGAAGCUUUGGACGAGGAAUUAGCAGCAGAAGAAGACUUGCCUUAUACAGAUGGGGACGAAGAAGAAUAUGGAACACCCAUUAUGUAUGGUGGAAAAAUGGGAUAUUUCACGCCAUCGAAGCGUCAGGACAUGCUUAGUUUUGUCCCUGGAAAUAAAAGGGAUACAUACUUUUAUCCCUUCUCUAAGGAGCCAGAAACACACUACAAGGCGUUCGUGCCAGAGAAGCGGAGUUACCUUGAGAGCUAUGAAGACCUUGUUCGACUGGCGAGAGCUUUGGCUAUGGAGCCGCAGGACAGAGAACAAUAUCAACAGGGAUAUGAAUGGGAGUAAGGCCAACACUAUUCUCACGUGGCCAAAUACGAGAGUUGGAUCCACGUGAUACCAAAACUACUGGACCUGUUGGCUUUGGGAGAAAAUAAAACAAGACUUUUGCUUCAGGCUUUGUCAAUGAUCUUCAUUUUUGUCCCUUUUUUCUAUUUCAAAACAUUCCGCUUGUUGGUUCUGUGAAAGAUCAAUUGAUUAGUUUUUGGUGACGCCCCGCCAAUAGCCUCUGCUAUCAUUAUUCCAGAAAUGAAUUUGGAUUCCUUUGUAAAUAACAGUUUGUUGUGAAUCAUGGUAAUGUAUAUCAAUAUAUGUUACAUAUAUUUUUGUGAAAAAAAAUCCAUAAUAUGUGCAUAGACACCUUGUUGAAAUUUAAUAAAUGUCUGUCUUUUCUAAAAUG